CGUGUGAGUCGUACAUCCACAUGUGCUGCGAGACGUUUGGUAUGCCGAUCAUUAUUCUGCGCAUUAACAACAUCUAUGGGCCUAAUCAGUGGGAUGUCAAGGUGGUACCAUGCUUUAUUGAAGUAGCUAAAAAUAAGAAGAAGUUCACGGUUCAAGGAACUGGGAAACAACUGAGAUCAUGGCUGUACGUGGAUGAUGCGUCCGAAGCCAUCAGACAAGUUAUUGAGCAUGGAAAGCUACACGAAAUUUAUAACGUUGGAACAUAUUUUGAAAUGAAUGUUCCUGUAGAAUUUGUCAGUGUACCGGAUCGGCCGUAUAACGAUCAGCGUUAUUUGCUUGAUUACACUAAAAUCAAUAAGGAGCUUGGCUGGAGCCCGCAGAUCCCAUUUGAGGAAGGAAUUCGGAGGGUGGUUGCCUCAUCAUUGAGUGCUCGGAAAAGCAGCCAGAAAAUGCGUGUUAUUAUUUAUGGUGGGACGGGUUGGAUCGGACAGCAGUGCUGCAAGAAGAUGUUCGAAAGAAACAUUCCUUUUGUGUUAGCCGAAUGUCGAAUUGGGAAAAACAGCGAUGAGGAGAAAAUGCGUGUUGUUAUUUAUGGUGGGACGGGUUGGAUCGGACAGCAGUGCUGCAAGAAGAUGUUCGAAAGAAACAUUCCUUUUGUGUUAGCCGAAUGUCGAAUUGGGAAAAACAGCGAUGAGGAGGUAUGAAU